ACAACGAAACAUGGCCUGCUCAGAUAAAACUCUCCGAGUCUUCUGCGUCGGCACCGCUGAUACCAAGCUCGACGAACUCCGAUUUCUAUCUGACUCCGUCAGUUCCAGUCUCACCUCUUUGUCCAACAACUCUUCUUCCAAGGUGGAGGUUGUGAUUGUUGAUGUUUCCGUGGGUCAGAAAGAGAUUAAUGGUAUUGGGGAAUUUUCUUUUGUAUCAAGAAAGGAUGUUCUUGCUUGCUUAAAGGUUUCAGUUGAACAAAACCAUAAUAUGCUUCCAGAUGAUAGGGCCCAAGCUGUGGCUAUAAUGAGUAAAGCACUUGAACAUUUCAUGAAGAACGCUCAGGAGACUAAUGUCGUUGCGGGUGCCAUUGGCCUUGGUGGUAGUGGAGGAACAUCUUUAUUAUCAUCUGCUUUUAGAUUGCUUCCACUUGGGAUGCCUAAGAUUAUUGUGUCUACUGUAGCUAGUGGUCAAACUGAACCUUAUGUUGGCACCUCAGAUUUGAUAUUGUUUCCAUCCAUAGUGGAUGUGUGUGGGAUUAAUAGUGUAAGUAGAGUUGUGUUAUCUAAUGCUGGAGCUGCUUUUGCUGGAAUGGUCAUUGGAAGGCUUGAGAGGGCUGGAGGUUCUCUUGGUGAGAGUGAGAAAUUAACUGUUGGUAUAACUAUGUUUGGAGUUACAACCCCCUGUGUAAAUGCUGUCAAAGAAAGAUUGGUGAGAGAAGGAUAUGAGACCUUGGUUUUCCACGCCACUGGGGUUGGGGGCAGGGCCAUGGAGUCUCUUGUUAGAGAGGGAUUCAUAAAGGGUGUUUUAGACAUCACUACAACAGAGGUUGCAGAUUAUGUAGUUGGAGGUAUUAUGGCUUGUGAUAGUUCCCGCUUUGAUGCCAUCUUAGAGAAGAAUAUCCCUUUGGUCUUGAGUGUAGGAGCCUUGGACAUGGUGAACUUUGGAGCUGUGGAUACAAUCCCUCCUAAUUUCCAGCAAAGAAAGAUUCAUAUCCACAAUGAACAGGUUUCGCUCAUGCGAACAACUGUGGAAGAGAAUAAAAAAUUUGCUGAAUUUAUAGCAGAUAAACUUAACGAGUCAUCAUCAAAGAUUCGUGUCUGCCUGCCACAAAAGGGUAUCUCAGCUUUGGAUGCACCUGGGAAACCAUUUUGUGACCCUGAGUCUACUGCUACUCUAAUAAGUGAACUACAGAAGCUAAUACAGAUAAAUGAAGACCGGCAGGUACAGGUGUGUUCUUAUCAUAUCAAUGACCCAGAAUUCGCAGAUACAUUGGUGGAUUCCUUUUUAGAGAUUAGUUUGGAGAACCCUAUGGAAUCCAGUCCUUCCCAAAUUGCUAUUUAUGAACCCUGCCUAGAGCAUAACAUUUCUACUGUGAAAUCAUCAAGCUGUGGGAUGAUCUGUUACAGCCCAAGCAACUACCCAGAUGCAAGACCAGAAACUUUGCAGAAAACUCAGACAAUAUUGCAGCAAUUGAAAGAUCAAAUAGAAAAAGGAUUGCCCAUAAUAGGAGCUGGUGCAGGGACUGGGAUAUCUGCAAAAUUUGAGGAAGCUGGUGGAGUUGAUUUAAUAGUACUUUACAAUUCAGGGCGUUUUCGCAUGGCAGGAAGGGGUUCCUUAGCAGGCUUAUUGCCAUUUGCUGAUGCAAAUGCUAUAGUAAUUGAAAUGGCUAAUGAAGUUUUACCAAUUGUGAAGGGGGUACCAGUUCUUGCUGGAGUAUGCGGAACUGAUCCUUUUCGCCGAAUGGAUUACUUCCUAAAGCAGCUGGAGUCAAUUGGAUUCUCUGGUGUGCAAAAUUUUCCUACUGUUGGGCUAUUUGAUGGUAAUUUUAGACAGAAUCUGGAAGAGACAGGAAUGGGAUAUGGCUUGGAAGUCCAAAUGAUUGAAAAAUCUCAUAAAAUGGGUCUUCUCACAACCCCCUAUGCUUUUAACCAAAAUGAAGCAGGGGAAAUGGCAAAAGCUGGUGCUGAUAUCAUUGUGGCCCAUAUGGGGCUUACUAAAUCUGGGUCUAUUGGUGCAAAAACAGCAGUAUCAUUGGAAGAGAGUGUGUUUUGUGUGCAAGCUAUUGCAGACGCUGCACAUAAUAUCAACCCCAACAUCAUUGUGCUUUGCCAUGGAGGUCCUAUAUCUGGUCCUAGAGAAACAGAAUUCAUAUUGAAGAGAACCAAGGGAGUUCAUGGAUUUUAUGGUGCGUCAAGCAUGGAGAGAAUUCCUGUUGAACAAGCUAUAACGAGCACAAUGCAGCAGUAUAAAUCAAUUUCCAUCAAAUAAGGUUUGAUGUUUUGUAUGUCACCAAGUUUGUUAAAUGGUUAUGCAUGAUCAACAAUUUUCUUUUUUCAAUUUCUUUAAUCUUUUGCUCCCCUGCUUUAAGAGUGCAAAGAAAUAAAGGUGUCUGGAUGCAAAAACAAUAAAAGGCCAGUUUUAUCUAUUCACAAGAA